UUGCUGCAAACAUUCACCGAGUUCACGCGUUCAAACGGCCGCAGCCGCUUUAAAAUGGCGUGCAAACGGAGCGCGGAGCCGGCGGGGCCUUUUCACGCCACUUUGAUUCAUAAUUUCGCGGUUUUAGUCGCGUUCAUCGCCGCUAACUUCCCGACUUGUGGCUGCGAGGGAGUGAGUCCGGAGCGGAGCCUGGUGUGGGGUCCGGGGCUGAGCGCCGACACCGGCCUCCCGGUCCUCCCGGUCCGCUACUUCUACAUCCAGGCGGUGGACUCGAACGGACAGAACCUGACUCUGUCUCCAGGUAAAGACACGUUCAAAGUGAAGAUCCGUCCAGCGGAUCAGAGCGAACACGUCCGUAUCCACGUUCCUCCGCCUCUGGACCGAGAAGACGGCUCCUUCCUGAUGAGGUACCGGCUCUACGGGUCGGCGCUGAACGGCCUGAAGGUGGAAAUCCUCCACGGAGACGCCGCCGUGGCCAAAUCGCCGUACAUCAUCCCAGGUCCGGUUCAUCACGAGUACUGCGACUGCCCGGAGCCCGACGCCGCCGUCUGGCAGAGCGUCAUGCGGUGUCCCGACGUCGAGCCUCAGAUCCUGGAGGACUUCAAGUCGUUCCCCUCCAUCGACCUGCAGCACCUGCGGCAGGAGGUUCCGCUCAGGUUCUCCAACAGGGGAGGCCUGGUCCACUACGUGGUCAUCGACAACCAGCUGCACCGCCGCACGCUGGGGAAGUACACCGACUUCAAGAUGUUCUCCGACGAGAUGCUGCUGUCGCUGAGCAGGAAGGUGAAGCUGCCCGACGUGGAGUUUUUCGUCAACGUGGGCGACUGGCCGCUGGAGACGAGGAGGACGGACCCGGUGCCGGUUCUGUCCUGGUGCGGCUCCAGCGACACCAGAGACGUGGUCCUGCCCACCUACGAGGUGACCCACUCCACGCUGGAGACCCUGAGAGGCGUCACCAACGACCUGCUGUCCGUCCAGGGCCACACAGGACCUCCGUGGGUUAACAAAACGGACCGGGCGUUUUUUCGAGGCCGGGACAGUCGAGAGGAGCGUCUGCAGCUCGUCUCCUUGUCCAAGAAGAACCCCGACCUGCUGGACGCAGGAAUCACCGGCUGGUUCUUCUUCAGGGACCGAGAGAAGCACGUGGGCAAAGCGCCGCUGGUGGGAUUCUUCGACUUCUUCAAGUACAAGUACCAGGUGAACGUGGACGGGACGGUGGCGGCGUACCGGUUUCCCUACCUCAUGCUGGGGAACAGCCUGGUUCUGAAGCAGGACUCUCCGUACUACGAGCACUUCUACGCCCACCUGAAGGCAGGAACCCACUACGUCCCCGUGAAGAGGAACCUGUCGGACCUGCUGGACAAAAUCAAAUGGGCCCGAGAGAACGACGGCGAGGCCCGGGAGGUGGGCCGGGCGGGCCAGGCGGCGGCCCGGGAGCUGCUGCAGCCCAGCAGGUUGUACUGCUACUACUACAGAGUGCUGCACAUGUACGCGGAGCGGCAGGCGGGGCGGCCGACCCGACACCCGGACAUGGAGCCGGUUCCUCAGCCGGACGACCACACGGCCGCGUGCACGUGUGAACGGAAGAACCGGCAGGACGAGCUGAAGGACGAACUAUGAUGGACCCUCGGAUCUGAAAACAUUCCAGACUGACGGAGACGAACGAAUGUCACAGCAACAUGUUUACAGCCAAACAUUCCAGUCACACCCGGUGCUCUUAUUGUGGAGGGGACAGGAAGUCGUAGGACGGAUUGUCAAUAAGAAACUGUUACUGUCGGUCAUUUCAAGAUGGAACCUAAAGACGAAUUAUGUCAACAAACCUGGAAAAAGUUCCUCAGAACCAGCUGAUCUUUUGUCUGCAGAACCUUCAUCUACUGACCAGAGUUCUACCUUCAGACUGUG